AUGCCCCCAAUGGGAAUGCCUCAGGCUGGGAUGAUGAAUGGUCCAAUGGGCAUGCCGGGGAUGAUGCAGGCUGGAAUGAUGCAACCAAUGUCCCCACAGCAGGGUUAUAUGCCUUAUGGAAAUGCUAUGCCACAGAUGGGCAUGAACCCGCAAACAAUGCCAGGAAUGAUGCCAUAUCAGAAUGUAUUGCUACCUCCAACGUACAACGGCGUAACUGCUUACGCACAGCCGGCAACGAUGCCGGGCCAAAUGGCACCAACCCCCAUCUUCCAGUUUCAGUUUACUCCUGCUAAACAACAGCCACAGCAACAGGGUAGGAAAUAG